GAUGACGGUUCUCUCGUUCUGCCACAGCUCUGGAUUCGGCUCCUCUCUGUCUGGUUUUAUUAUUUAUUUUAUAACUGUUUAUGUUCACAAGUUGGAACCAGCACAAUUUAAAGUGGUUGGACCUGACCACCCUGUCACUGCCAUUGUGGGUGAAGAGAUUGUGUUACCCUGUCACCUAUCCCCUAGGAUGAGUGCUGAGAAGAUGGAGAUGACGUGGUUCCGGUCCCAGAUCUCCCCAUUUGUUCAUCACUAUAGUGAUGGAAAGGACCAGUAUGGGCUGCAGAUGCCAGAAUUUCAGGGGAGGACAGAGCUUUUGAAAGAUGGUCUGCUUAAUGGGAGUGUUGCCUUGAGAAUUCUCAGUAUCAGACCCUCUGAUGAAGGACAGUACCACUGUUUAGUUCUAGAUGGUAUCUUUUAUGAAGAAGCACUACUGGAUCUAAAGGUGGCAGAUCCCUUUUUCCCAAGGGUGAAUCCCUGGAUGGUGGCUCUGAGCGUGAUCCUGAUGGUUUUGCUCGGUUCCUUUGCCCUUAGUGCUUAUCUCUUCUGGAUCAAAGAGAAACAUGCAGCAGAACUUAGGUGGAGAAGACUUGUGGCAUCUCUGGAAGAAGCGAAUGUGACUCUGGAUCCAGACACAGCUCAUCCUGAACUUGUCCUGUCUGAGGAUGGGAAAAGUGUGAGACACGGAGACACAUGCCAGGAUCUGCCUGACAACCCUGAGAGAUUUGACUAUUCAGAAUGUGUGCUGGGCUGUGAGGGAUUCACCUCGGGGAAACAUUGCUGGGAGGUGGAGGUGGUGGGUGGGCUAUUCUGGGCUGUCGGGGUGGCCAGAGAGUCUGUGAGGAGGAAGGGAGAGAUCAGCCGUAGCCCUAAGGGGGGGAUCUGGGCUGUGGAGCGGUGGUGGGAUCAGUUCCAGGCUCUCACCUCCCCUGUGACCCCCCUGCCCCUGAGCCGGGCCCCCACCAGGAUCCGGGUUUGUCUGGACUGUGACCAGGGACAGGUGACAUUUUUCGAUGCUGGUGAUGAGGCCCCGAUCUUCACUUUCCCGCCGGGCUCCCUCCCUGGGGAGAGAAUCCAACCCUGGCUCUGGGUGUGUGACAGAUACACCCCGCUCCGACUGUGUCCCUGAGACAUGCGGGGGAGGAGGGGGGACUAUCCCACUGGGGAACCAGAAAUCAGCCUCUCUAGCCUCAGACUCCCAGUCUCUAUGACCGUGAAGGACUCCCAUCUACCCAGGUCCU